AUAAAACAAAAGCUACAGCAACCCGACUUGCAGCAUGGCAUUGUCACCAGCCCCCUUUGCAUGGUGAUGCGAUUAAGGUAGCAGCAUUUUUAUUAUUCAGGAAAAGCAGCUGGGGGAAUCCAUCAGUUCUAAGGCUUUGUCUUUCCUAGGUUAACUGAUGGUCCUAAGCCCCCGUUUGACCUGACCAUGAUGCCCAGUACUGGCACUUUUUGUUUUUUCUCAGCAAACUGUACAAACCCAAAUCUCUUUUUGAUUUUCAAGGAAACUAGAUUCCUGCCAGAUUUUGAGUCUGGACAAUAAAUAGAUACUUUGUCCUAGCUUCUUUCUGGAAUCAUUUCGGGAAUAUUUUCCACAAGCAUCACAGAUACAGGAAUGAACCGGCAGCUAGUGAACAUUUUGACAGCCUUGUUUGCAUUUUUCUUAGAGACAAACCACUUCAGGGCAGCUUUCUGCAAAGACCAUGACUCCAGGUCUGGAAAACAACCUUCGCAGACCCUAUCUCCUUCAGAUUUCUUGGACAAAUUAAUGGGAAGGACAUCAGGAUAUGACGCAAGAAUCAGGCCAAAUUUUAAAGGGCCUCCUGUAAAUGUUACCUGCAACAUAUUUAUCAACAGCUUUGGGUCAAUAGCAGAAACUACAAUGGACUACCGAGUGAAUAUUUUUCUGAGACAACAGUGGAAUGAUUCACGGCUGGCUUACAGCGAGUACCCUGAUGAUUCUCUGGACUUAGACCCAUCGAUGCUGGACUCCAUUUGGAAACCAGAUUUGUUCUUUGCCAAUGAGAAGGGGGCCAACUUCCAUGAUGUCACCACCGACAACAAGUUGCUUCGCAUUUCAAAAAAUGGCAAGGUGCUCUACAGUAUCAGGCUCACCUUGACCUUAUCCUGUCCCAUGGACUUGAAGAAUUUUCCAAUGGAUGUCCAGACGUGUACAAUGCAGCUGGAGAGUUUUGGGUACACGAUGAAUGACCUGAUAUUUGAGUGGUUAAGUGAUGGUCCAGUUCAAGUUGCUGAAGGAUUGACCCUGCCUCAGUUCAUUUUGAAAGAAGAGAAGGAGCUCGGCUACUGCACAAAGCACUACAACACUGGAAAGUUUACCUGCAUCGAGGUUAAGUUUCACCUGGAACGCCAGAUGGGCUAUUACUUGAUCCAGAUGUACAUCCCCAGUCUGUUGAUAGUCAUUUUGUCCUGGGUCUCUUUUUGGAUAAACAUGGAUGCAGCCCCUGCCAGAGUUGCACUGGGCAUCACGACAGUCCUAACGAUGACCACCCAGAGUUCAGGCUCCAGGGCAUCUCUGCCAAAGGUCUCCUACGUAAAAGCGAUUGACAUCUGGAUGGCAGUGUGCCUUCUGUUUGUGUUUGCAGCCUUACUGGAAUAUGCAGCAGUGAACUUUGUCUCCAGGCAGCACAAGGAGUUUCUGCGGCUCCGGAGAAGGCAGAAGAGGCAGAAUAAGGAAGAAGAUGUUACUCAUGAAAGUCGUUUUAAUUUCAGUGGUUACGGGAUGGGUCACUGCCUUCAAGUGAAAGAUGGAACAGCUGUCAAGGCCACACCUGCCAGCCAGCUCCCACAGCCCCCCAAAGAUGCAGAUGCCAUCAAGAAGAAGUUUGUGGACCGGGCAAAAAGGAUUGACACGAUUUCUCGAGCUGCCUUCCCAUUGGCCUUCCUCAUUUUCAACAUCUUUUACUGGAUCACAUACAAGAUCAUUCGGCAUGAAGAUGUCCACAAGAAAUAGAUGUGCUCUUCAGACCCUGGGACCUUCUUGCCUAACUGUUGUGCUUGUAAAUACACAGUGAAAUUGUCUUUAUAUCACUUUGACAGAGGAGAAGACUGGGGGAGGGGGGAGGGA